AUGUUUUUGGAUAUGAAAUAUUUUUGGGACGAAAAAGGCUUCCCCCCCUCCCUCGGGUCGGAGUGGUCGAGUUCCGAGCGCGCGCCGGCGCCGGCGCCCGCGCCGCUCGCCGUCGACGCCGCCGAGCUGGUACGAGACGCACCCCUCUACCCCCCGCUACAGAACACCCCAGAAGACCCUGACCCCAGCAUAUUGGAUAGUGAACCUUCCUACAACGACUUAGAGACUAGUAUCGAACAGAGCCGGCUGCUUGUCACGCCGGACCUGGUCAGCGCACACUCCGAGACUGAACAUGGAACGAAGGUACAAAGAGAAGAGGAGGUAGACCUGUCAGUGAGUAGCGCUGACGUCGAGGACAGAAGCAAGCGCAGCAGCGGCCACGACUGGGACAAGACUGCUAAGGCGCCAGUAGACCGCCGCGUGAAGACGGGUGACACGAUCCUGAACAUCCGAGGAGCCGUGCGUGACGCCAUCGGCGACGCAGGCGCAGCGCCUGGCCCUCGCGCUUCGUCCCGUCUUGAUACUUUUGUGAUCCGCCCUGCACACGCGCGCCGACCAAGGCCCAUGCACGACCAGCCUGAUUCCAACCCUACACCUGUGCAGGCACCAAGAUACGACCGUGAACUACUGGUGGAGGCUCACUCGAAGGCGCGCAUCGACUGCGACCUGGCCAACGUGACAAAUCUGCGAUGGUAUAAAGAUAACGAGCAAAUGUCAGUGGCCCCCGCGGCGGGUGGCGGGGGCGAAGCUCUGUGGCAGGAGGGCGCCGCCCUGGUGGUAGGGCGGGCGACGAGGGCAGACGCGGGCGCGUGGCGCUGCGCCGGGGCAGACAAGGCGGGGAAAACUGUCUCGGGGAAGCCUAUGCACCUGCUCAUUUAUGAACCAGUGCGGUCAGUGUAUCUGGCGGUGGACGGCAGAAGACUGGACGCGGGCAACACCUGGGUGCCAGUCCGGGACAAAACAGUUUUAGAAGUCCGCUGUGUCGCUGAAGGUGGAGUGCCACCACCAGACCUCUCGUGGCGACUGCUAGCACAAGAACCAUCGCUGGAUCACAGACCGUAUUUGAGGAUACACCAUACAAACUACUCGAUAGAGGGCGUAUCGUCCUCGCAUGCAGUAGUGACGGCUGCGCGCGAGUUGCACAACGCGACGCUGCAGUGCGAGGCUCGCCAGCGCUCCCCGCGUCCCGCGCCCGCCCCCGCGCCAUCCAACGUGUCUGACGCGCACACGGCCAAGCUGGAGAUACACGUCACUUAUCCGCCCUCGUUCGUGAUAUCCCGCUGGCCCGGGUUUGGCGUGUCGCUAUCAGCGGGCGGCGCGGCGGCGCUGCGCUGUGACGUCGACGCCAACCCGCCCGCGCGUGCCUGGUGGCUGCGGGACGAUGCAGAUCCCACCAGCUCCCCCCCACCAGUGGAUGGUGGAGACGAGCCGUCAGCCCGCGGUUCCGCCACGCUCCGCUGGGGCGCGCUGCGGGCGUCGCACGCGGGCUGGUACCGCUGCCGAGCCACCUGGUUGGACGCCGAGUACUCGUCUAUCGGGUACUACUUGAAUGUUAUUGCUCCAGAAGACAAUGCGGAGGCGGCGACAGAGCCGGACGAGGAGGAAGAGCCCGACCACCAGAAAGUGGAGGUGCCGGUGGGAGGGAACGUGCAGCUGCAUUGCCCCAAAGGUAGCGUCGGUUGCUGGUGGCGGAGAGUAGUAGGUAAUGCAAGCGAAGCCUGGGCCCCGGCGGGCUCGCACCACGCACAUGGAGUUUUAGGUAUUAAGGAUGCCUUAUAUCAAGAGGGAGGGGAGUACCGCUGCAUAGGAGCGCGUGCGCCGGACCUCAAGCGACUGAAGGAGUUGAAGAGAGUUACUUUGAAAGUUACUGGAAGCGCCACCGCCACCGCACUGAGUGCGGUCCCGGCCGCGGGCGGCUGGCGCCUCGAGUGUGGGGCAUGCGGGCGAGGGGUCCGCGUGCUGUGGGUCCGAGUGGGGGCCACGCCGCGCGUCACCCGCGCCUCCCUUAGUCCGGACCUGGCGCAGCACUGCUGGCGCGCUAUACUGCACGUGGCAGAGCCGGACGAGGUCUGGUGCGUAGCCGCAACUACAGGGGCGGGUGCAGUGGCCGUGUUCCCUCGCAGGGCGCCCCUGGCCUCGAUAGGGCCCUCCCCGGAGCCAGCCAGGAGGGCCCUGCACGCCGCAGCGACGGGCCUGUUCGUCAACUUGACAUUGGUGCUGCAGAUGGCGUUGGUUCUGAUUUGUCGUUGAGAGAGAUGGCGGCCGUUGGUGCAAGCGUUUGGGUUCAAGCAAUAAUACCGCAAUAAUGCAAGCAAUUACUAAAGUUAACUGUCAUUAAAUGAUGUGUACGAUACGAUUGAGUUAUGUUUUCUAUGUGUAAAAGUUAAGGUAAAUAAUUAUUUUGUGGUAAUGGUUAUAGUAAACAAAAAAAUUCAAACUUUACAAUUAAGUUAGUUUAUAUUAUUAAAUGAGUUGUUAGGAAAAGCUUUGACGAAUGCGAUGAGAAUAUUUGGCACUUGCAAUAAUGGAAAGGUAAAAAUACUAUUUGCGACGAAAUACACGAAUUUUAAUUCUCUAGUAGAUAAUAUUAUUGUAUCUUUAUCUUUAAAUAAAUAGAAAUUCGUUUUCCAUUUUCGAUGACUUCAAAAUUAAGUGAGAAUUACGUUGAAAAGUUUGCUGUCUAAAGUCGCCUGAACUACGAGAUCUAAUUCUGGGCAAAUUGGCAAUUCGCGGAGUGUUCUAACUCGUUGUUUGAGAUGAGUUUUAAUUCUAAACUUUUGUAAAACUCAGUCGUGUCUUAAAAUACUUCAACUCGAGUUAGGGGCUAAACGCUUGUACCAACAAGGCAGGGUGCAAUCUCUUAACAGAGACAACCAGUGAGCUAAUCAUUCUUAUAGGUUAGAGCUACUCACAAAAUACGCUCUAUUUUUUUCAAUUGACAAACUGUGGUGCAACACUAAUAAAGUUUUAAAACUUGCUACAGACAAUUUGUUGCUUGAUAACAAUACUUUCUGUUGUGUAAAGUAUACUAAAAUUGAGCGUCUUUUGAACACCUACGUGUAAAACACGUGUUGUAAAUAUUUCACACAUUCCCGAAGUGUCAAGAUUCGCUAUGUGUGCGUGAGUUACUUAAGUGUGAGUCAUUGUGAGUUCACUGUGUGUCUCUGUUCUAUUGUUUCCCUGUUAACGAGGUAAUCCGUAGUUAGUUCAUGUCAAAGUUUAAUCUUUAGUUUUAGUUUCUGCAAAUUCUUAAAGCUUAAAUAAGACGAAGUUGGAACUGCUGACUUUAAACUGAUAGUUUGUGGAAAUUUUCGGUUAGCUAAACUUACUAGCUUCUUUUUCUGAGUGAAUGACAGAAAAGAUGGUACAGAAUUUAGGAAAGUCAAUUCGAAGUAGGUGUACGUUGUAUGUUAUAAAUGAAGAAGAGAUUACAACUAUCUACGAUUGCUACAUGAUGCUUAACAACGUUAAUAUGUCUUACUAGCUUUCCGCCCGCGGCUUCGCCCGCGUGGAAUUUUGUCUGUCACAGAAAAACUUUA